AUGGAGAGAGCCAUGGAGCAACUAAACCGCCUCACCCGAUCCCUGCGGAGAGCCCGCACUGUGGAGCUGCCUGAAGACAAUGAAACCGCUGUUUAUACUUUGAUGCCUAUGGUGAUGGCCGAUCAACAUCGGUCUGUUUUGGAAUUGCUUUCAAAUUCAAAAUUUGACGUCAACUAUGCUUUUGGAAGAGUUAAAAGAAGUUUGCUACAUAUCGCUGCCAACUGUGGAUCAGUGGAAUGCUUGGUUUUGCUUUUAAAGAGAGGAGCCAAUCCAAAUUAUCAGGAUAUUUCGGGAUGCACACCUCUUCAUUUAGCUGCUCGCAAUGGGCAGAAGAAAUGCAUGAGCAAACUGUUAGAAUACAAUGCAGAUGUCAACAUUUGCAAUAAUGAAGGACUCACUGCUAUUCACUGGUUAGCCGUAAAUGGGCGGACCGAGCUUCUUCACGACCUUGUGCAGCAUGUCAGCAACGUAGAUGUGGAAGAUGCAAUGGGCCAAACAGCACUACAUGUGGCAUGUCAGAAUGGGCACAAGACUACUGUUCUAUGUUUACUAGAUAGUGGUGCAGAUAUUAACAGGCCUAAUGUUUCAGGAUCAACUCCACUGUACUUUGCCUGCAGCCACGGACAAAGAGAUACAGCACAGAUACUUCUGCUACGUGGUGCUAAGUACCUGCCAGAUAGAAACGGUGUUACACCAUUGGAUCUCUGUGUUCAGGGUGGCUAUGGUGAAACUUGUGAUGUGCUUAUACAGCAUCACCCCAGACUAUUCCAGACAUUAAUACAGAUGACUCAGAAUGAAGAUAUUCGGGAGAAUAUGUUACGGCAAGUCCUGGAACAUUUAUCCCAGCAAAAUGAAAGCCAGUACCAUAAAGUACUAAUAAGUCUUGCAGAGGUUGCUACUACAAAUGGCCACAAACUCCUAAGUCUUUCUAGCAGUUAUGAAGCUCAGAUGAAGAGUCUGCUGCGCAUUGUCCGGAUUUUUUGCCAUGUUUUUCGCCUCGGACCCUCUUCUCCCAGUAAUGGAAAUGACAUGGGCUACAAUGGGAACAAAACUCCAAGAAACCAGGUGUUCAAGGUCAGAAAAGUAUAUGACGCUUUUAGGAAGAUAGACGUAAAAGAGAUGAAUAUGACAAAGCAUGCAAUCAUUUAUCAGACCUCUUCUCCACAGGACCCCUUAGAAUUACUUUGGCAUUCUUUAGAUGAAUGGUUAGUGCUUAUAGCUGCGGAACUGACUAACAACAAGAAAACAUCCACCAGUAUCGCCAGCCUUUUGCUGAAACAAAAGCCAGUAAAUCAACACGAUAUUUCUUUAGCUCAUCAGUCAGACUUUGGAGAAGACGGGAGCCCAGAGCAUCUUUCAAUAUCACCAAGCACAGGACACUUUGCGAGCUGUGAAGCUGCCGUCGAACAGGAAGCUGUUGCAGAUGGUCAGGACGUUAUCUCAAUGACAGCAAAUAGGCUCAGUGCUGUCAUUCAAGCCUUCUAUAUGUGCUGUUCCUGCCAGAUGCCUCCCAGAAUGACAUCUCCUCGUUUCAUUGAAUUUGUGUGCAAUCAUGAUGAAGUUUUAAAAUGUUUUGUUACAAGAAAUCCCAAAAUCAUAUUUGAUCAUUUUCAUUUUCUUCUGGAGUGUCCAGAGCUGAUGUCGAGAUUUAUGCACAUAAUAAAAGCCCAGCCUUUUAAAGAACGGUGCGAGUGGUUUUAUGAACAUCUACAUGCUGGGCAGCCAGAUUCUGAUAUGGUUCAUAGACCUGUAAAUGAGAAUGACAUAUUGCUAGUUCAUAGAGAUUCUAUUUUUAGGAGCAGUUGUGAAGUGGUGUUUAAAUCAAACUGUGAAAAACUUAAGCAAGGUAUUGCUGUGCGUUUCCAUGGCGAAGAAGGCAUGGGACAAGGAGUUGUGCGAGAAUGGUUUGACAUAUUGUCAUCUGAAAUUAUCAAUCCUGAUUAUGCCCUUUUCACACAAUCAGCAGAUGGAACAACGUUCCAGCCAAACAGUAACUCCUCAGUGAAUCCAGACCACCUGAACUAUUUCAGAUUUGCUGGUGAAAUUCUGGGGCUUGCACUCUAUCAUAGGCAACUGGUCAACAUUUACUUCACCAGGUCAUUUUACAAGCACAUCCUUGGUAUCCCAGUAAAUUAUCAGGACGUGGCCUCCAUUGACCCAGAAUACGCAAAGAACUUGCAGUGGAUUUUAGAUAAUGAUAUUAGUGACCUGGGACUGGAACUGACUUUCUCCGUAGAGACUGAUGUGUUCGGAGCUAUGGAAGAAGUGCCCUUAAAACCAGGAGGGGCCAGCAUACUUGUUACACAAGAGAACAAGGCAGAGUAUGUCCAGCUUGUUACUGAACUUCGCAUGACAAGAGCCAUUCAGCCACAGAUCAAUGGAUUUUUACAGGGCUUCCAUAUGUUUAUACCGCCAUCUCUAAUACAGCUGUUUGAUGAGUUUGAAUUGGAGCUUCUUCUGUCUGGCAUGCCUGAAAUUGAUGUGAAUGACUGGAUGAAGAACACUGAAUAUACCAGUGGCUAUGAGAGAGAUGAUCCAGUAAUCCAGUGGUUCUGGGAGGUUGUCCAGGAACUAACCCAAGAAGAGAGGGUUUUGCUUCUCCAGUUUGUUACAGGCAGUUCCAGAGUACCUCAUGGUGGCUUUGCAUUCAUUAUGGGAGGAAGUGGGCUGCAAAAUUUCACUAUUGCUGCUGUAUCAUAUACAUCAAAUUUGCUACCAACGUCUAGCACAUGCAUCAAUAUGCUUAAGUUGCCUGAAUACCCAAGCAAGGAAAUCCUAAAGGACAGGCUUCUUGUGGCAUUGCACUGUGGAAGCUAUGGCUAUACAAUGGCAUAA